UUUUUUUUUCAACUCCGUUCAUCCCGUCCGAAGGAGCCGCCGACGGGCAGAGCCAUGGAGGGCGAUUCGGUUCUCUGCCUCUUCGACGUGGACGGCACGCUGACCGCCCCUCGGCAGAAAAUCACCUCCGAUAUGGCAGAUUUCCUACAGGCUUUGAGGCAGAAGGUGAAAGUUGGCGUGGUUGGAGGCUCAGACUUCGAAAAGAUCCAAGAACAACUGGGGGAGGACGUGGUUGGAAAAUAUGACUAUGUUUUCCCAGAAAAUGGUCUGGUGUCCUACAAGGAUGGAAAACUUCUUGAGAAGCAGAGCAUCCAAGAACACCUGGGGGAAGAGCUGCUUCAGGAUUUGAUCAACUACUGCCUGAGCUACAUUGCAAAAAUUAAGCUCCCCAGGAAAAGGGGCACUUUCAUUGAAUUCCGAAAUGGGAUGCUGAACGUUUCUCCCGUUGGCAGAAGCUGUAGCCAAGCGGAACGGAUGGAGUUUUUUGAGCUUGACAAGAGGGAGCAGAUCCGGGACAGAUUUGUCGCUGAUUUACGACGUGACUUUGCAGGAAAAGGCCUCACGUUUUCCAUAGGAGGGCAGAUCAGCUUCGACGUCUUCCCCAAUGGUUGGGACAAACGGUACUGCUUGGGAAUUGUGGCCCAGGACAACUUCGAGAAGAUCUAUUUCUUUGGAGAUAAGACCAUGCCGGGUGGAAACGACUACGAAAUUUACACGGAUCCCAGAACCGUCGGGCACAGUGUCUCUUCGCCCGAGCAGACGAGAGAGAUAUGCGAAGCCUUGUUUUUCAAAUAGAUCACAGGCCGCUUUUUGCACCAAAAGGACGCAAGCCAGGUUCAGGACCACGAUUUGAAUCCAAAUAAUGGAAACCAGGGGGAAAGGGUUAGGGUAGCAUCAGUACGGGGGCCGGGGGGUCGGGGGAGGUGGCGGAAAGGAGAGGAAGGAUCUCCAACUAUCCCAUCCGUCCGCUCGGCUAUUCUGAGCUGGCAUGUUGCACGAUGCUGUGCUUUCUUCCCCUCUGUUUGCGCAAGGAACGGCAUUGAUUUUGCACCAUGUAAUAUGAGCCCCAGUCCAGGGUUCAUAAACCAUCUUUGCACAAACUUGGUUCCCCAGAAUAAAAGCCGGUUGGAUGGCUUACUUGCGGUUUGGGGAUCAGUUCCUUCUUGAGAAGGAAACAGCCGUUUUCCAAGUGGAAAGCAGAGGAGGGGAGGUCUCAAAAAUGAAAGUCGCUCAGAUUUUUGCUCUGGAGCCUCCUAACUUUAGGGGAUGAGUCCUAACCAUGGAGACCCUUUCUUAGCACGGAAGCUCCCGCAGGAUUUGCUUUGUCUCCCGAGGCCCCUCUCCGGUGCCCCUCAUUCCCCCACUCCCCAACAAUUUGUGAGAAGAGCUCACGACGCUUGCACAGCUUCACCACAAGCAGCUGGCCUCACCCAAUCGCCCCCGCUCCUAUAUUUCCGCGUUUUUCAGCUCAGCUGAUUUGCGCAGCACAAUGCAUUCCCGCGUCUCAGCUGUUCUACUUAUCAGGGCUGCCUAGCAGGUAAGCUGUAGUGCUUGAAAUUGGUGUAUUUUGAAUGCCGCGCAUGGAUGUGACACACUCUCUCCCAGAACUGGUAGUAAAAAAAUUUGGAAUCCCACCUCUGGUGCCAAGCUAUUUCACAAAUCACCUGUGGGGUAGAACUCCACUGCCCAAAACUGCACAAUCUGAGCUGUUAUGUCUUUUUAGUGCUGAGUAAUUCUUAACUGUUGGGUCGUGAUUGGGUUUUUCUGCUACAGAACAAGGAUAUUCUUGUUCCAAUGACGUUUGGAUGUCUCUUGAAGGAAGUUGGCUGACCCUGUGUUUAUGACCCUCCAUUCUCAUGCCAUGCCUGCAGUCUGGCCCUUCCCACUGUAGAGCCUUUUUUUUUGGACAGGUAGUGCAAAACACCUGGGGAACAUCACCUGGGAAGCUGGGUUGAGAGAGAUAUCCUGACUUUUCCUCCCUUCGAGUCCACCUUUGUUCUGAGCCCUUCUUGAAUCUGGGAUAGAGUUUGAUGCUUCCCUUUUAUGUUUGAGAUUUAAUGCACUGGAGGAAGACUGGAGGGUUUUCAAGUCUAAAAAAAAUCAACCGGGUUGAUCUGCAAUGAGAUUUCUGGAAACUGUACUGUACUGUAUUUCUGGAUGAAGCUGGAUCCUCUUUCAUUAAAAUGAAUCGUUUG